AUGGGAACAAUAUCUGGUUCUAAAACUAUCUUUGAAUCUCUCGACGACAUCAGGAACGCUGGCUUUGAUGAUCUCUCUCAGUACAUCACCCAUUUUGUUGAUGCGGAUCGCGUUCCAUCAACGUACAUCUCUACGCUUUCACCAGACCAACAGAUCAUCUGCUACCAUCUCUUUCUCUUGGCUUACCUUGUGACCUGUGGAAGGGAGGCACCUAGAGAGAUGCAGCUUCGAGCAGCAUUAGCCUCGUAUGAAAGAAGGGACUCGGCGGUUAUUGCAGGGACAGGGUCGGGAAAAACCCUUAUCAUUGCUCUUCUCAUCUUGUCGGACCAUCCUUCGAAUGGCGUCACCAUCACGAUAUCCCCUCUGAAGCGCCUUCAAUUGACCCAGGCGAGAGACUUUGUUAUGAAGUACAAGAUCAAUACUAUUGCAAUAAAUGAUGAUACUUCACGGAAUCAGUCAUUCUGGGAUGUACGGUGA